AUGGCGGUCAGUUUCCUCAAUUUCUGCGCCAUGUGCGAAAAACAGAUUACCGUCCCUGACAACUCCCUCCUCUACUGCAGUGCCAGCUGCCGGCGUAAGGACUCCCGCAAGCCGCUCUCGGCCUCUCUCAUAACGACCGCAUCUAUGGCCCCUUCCACUUCUCCUCCUGCUUCGCCCCCAAUGUCUCCACGGUCCAUUGCUCCGAUGACUGCCUCCAGAACCCCAAUCGUGCCUGUUCCUUCCAUCCGGAUACCUCCAGAGUUCCAUGAUGCCAAGACAGAUCUUGAUCCCACCGAAUGGAAGCCUAAGAUAUCGACCAGUCCUUCCCGGAUUUCCAGCUCUCUGGCGUCCUCGGAAGCCUGGCGCUAUCUGUCGCAGUUCCACGGCGGCGACGAGGCCAUGCUUCCCGCCCGCCGUGCCGGUGCGGGUCACCGCAGCACGAGCAGUCUGUCGACGCUCACGAGCACCAAUGGAACCGUGCCCGGACUGAUCCACACGCCGUUCACCGUGGCUUCGUCGUUCAGCAGCACUGCUUCGGACGACGUGGGCAAUGCCGAUUCCGUCCAUCGGCCGCUGCCCCCGCGGCACAACCCGUUCUACUCGGGUGGUGCAAACGCUACCAAGGGGUUGGACCUCGUGGUACCGCACGUGGAGACUCCGAGCGAAAGUGGCGUGGUCGUCAGUGUCGCCCCGAGCAGGGCUCAGUGGGAGGACCUGAGUGAGGAGGCCGUGACCGUCACUUCGAUCGCCUGUGACGGGGAAGAUCUGUCCUGA